AAAUUCUCAUCGCAUUUACUAUUAGCAUAUAUACUCAUCCAAUCAGAGCAGAGCAACUGCUUGUGUUUACGCUGUUCCUAUAGUAACUUACAAGCGCUGUGGAAGGGAAACCACGCUGUACCCAGACAGCGUCCAGGAUGCAGACGAAGCUGUGCCCUUCGGCAAAAUUAGAAGAAACGGCAGGGGGAAACGCGAAGGGGAGCCAUGAUUUUUGUACGGAGGUCAAAAACUCUACGAAACACGGUACCUUAUCACCCUCCUCCCCCAUCCAAGACGAUCACGCUUCAGGUGGGGAGACUGACCUUUCGGAACGGGUCAGACAGAAAUGCUUGGAGGCUGACGGGCAAAACUGCAAACCAGGACCCAAGCAGGACAAGAAUGACAAGGACCCAGGGCCCAGAAUAACAAAGGAAUUCCUAAAAGCCCACUGCAAACAGCAUAAACUUUACAUGACCCCAUACCUGAAUGACACACUCUACCUGCACUAUAAAGGAUUCUCCACCAUCGAAAACUUGGAGGAGUACACAGGGCUGAAGUGUCUUUGGCUGGAGUGUAACGGCCUGCAGCGGAUCCAGAACCUGGAAGCCCAGGUCCAGUUGCGAUGCUUGUUCCUCCAACAGAACCUGAUCCACAAGCUAGAGAACCUGGAGCAGCUGAGUCGGCUGUGCACGCUCAACGUCUGCAACAACUAUAUCAAGGUUGUCGAGAACAUCUCUUGUCUCCCGGAGCUGAGUACCCUGCAGCUGGGCCACAACAUGAUAGAGAGCAUGCAGGACAUCGCCCACCUGGCCCUCUGCCCCACCAUCUCCGUCCUUGACCUGUCGCACAACCUGCUGAGAGACCCUGCCAUCCUCGGCGUCCUUGAGACCAUGCCCAACCUCAGAGUCCUGAAUCUGAUGGGGAAUGAAGUCAUUCGGAACCUCCCCAACUACAGGAAGACACUGAUUGUGCGUCUGAGGCAGCUCACUUACCUGGACGACAGGCCUGUGUUCCCCAAGGAGCGGGCGUGUGCCGAGGCCUGGGCCAGCGGGGGCCUGGAGGCUGAACGGGCCCAGCGGGAGAUGUGGGAAACCCGGGAGAGGAAGAAGAUCCAGGACAGUGUAAACGCGAUGAUCGCCAUCCGGGAGAGGGCCAUGGACAAGCGGAGACUGGAGGGGCAGCAGGAGCAUGUCAAGGCAGCUGCAAUGGCUGGGGAGCCGACUGGGCAGGAGAAGAUUAAGGCCUUCGUUGAGGAUUGUCUGCAGGCUCAGCAGGAGAUUCAGCAAAGUGAUGCUGUGGGGGAUCAACCAGAGUUGAGGGCUUCCACUUUGCCCCAUCAGCGCCAGGAAGCAGGACCUAGUCUUCCAGCUGCUGAUAUGCCUGUCAAUCUGAUAGCCACCCAGGACAGCUCGCUGAUCACAGAGCUGGAUGUGGAGCCAGCUGCCACUCAGGGGAAACGGCUGAUCACAGAGCCAAAGACGGAACAUGCGGCCAUGGAGACUCAGUCGAUGGGCACUCAAGGUGUUUUAGUCACAGAGUUGGAGAGAUCGGACCAGUUACAAACGAUUCAUUUGGACGACGAUUCCAAGAUCUGCAUUGCUGACCUUCCCGACUUGGAGGAGGUGGGAGAUGCAGACAUCUCUGCCGAGCAGUAUGUGUUCCGACCGAUAAUGGAAGUUAUCUCCGAAGAAGGAGGAACAGACCCACAGUGGAUCCCAGAGGUGGACAGCACACUCUCAUGGGUGCAGAGGCCCGAUCCCAAGCCUUCCCAGCUGUUUCUCAGGAUAGAAAGUGCACCAGCCAGCAGUCACACUUUUGCAGAACAUUCCCCGGCAGGAAAUGCUCCUCAGCUUAAAGAAUCCACCCCUGGCCUGCUAGGCCAACUCAAAGUACCCCAAGCAGGCCAGCAUCCCCCUCAGCCCAGGGUCCUGAUCGAGGAACUGGACUGAGGAGGGAAGGUUUUAGUAAUGACCAGAUAUUGAUCAUAUACCGUCUCUGAGUUCCAGCAAACUCAUGGUUCCUGUCUUAAGUUUCAGUAACAUACCUAACUAGCACGGAUUUUCUUAAUGAAAUAAAAUAUAAAAUACUCAGUUUACCAUGUA